AUGCAGGAACAUCAAUAUAUCCGCCACAAAAACGGCCGGGGCACGGCGACCUGCAGUCGCUGAUAAUUCAUAUUAAAGAACCGGUGCAAUCGUCUCCUCUUUUCGUUCUCUGUUGACAGACGAUACACCUGAGGAUUCGUCCAUUUCAAUGCAUGGCGUCACUACGAACGCCUCCAGACGAUGACUCGCCCGCUCGGAGGCGGACAUGGUCGUGGCUGUUGGGUUGGAAAGGAGCCGAGAUACCUAACUAUCGGUCGCAGAAUCAAUCACUGUCACCGUCGCCACUGCCGCCGCCGGCCACCGCAAAACUUCCGCGCGUUCCAGAAGUUCAUCCUCCCUCGAGUCCCAUUCCCCGCCCAUCGUCGGAACGACGACAGAGACCUCUCACUCAUUGCGGGUUCUACGGGAUGCCGGUAUACCAACCACCAGUCUUUCUACACAGUAAUCGCUCGGCACCGCUGGUCGGGCUCAUGCCAGUGCCGCCCAAAUCGACGCUAUCUGAUGCACCAGAGAGCGGUCUUUCCUCAGAACCGCCACAACACACACCUCAAGCGAACGUCACUUCUUCACCAAAAACACAACGAACACAAUCUCUUGACCGGACGUCAAAGCCUCUACCAGAGCUCCCUUCACAGCAAUCUUCAAGGUCGAGCCUUGAAGACACUCCAUCGGAUGGGUUAUCUAAUCGCGUCCGAAAAUCAACCAGUUUGCACAAGCAUCGCCCUACCAGUCCCACCCUUGCGAUAAUGCUAAGGAAGGCGUCAUCAAAACCCGACGCCGGGAUGAACAGGAGCAUAGGAGAGACGCGAAGACCUGCGAGCAUGCCCCUACAGAGUGGCAAUCACGAUUUUUCGAUAUUCCGACAAUCAGUUGGCAGCGAGCAGAUUCCGCUCCCACAGAAACACAGUAGUACAUCGGUGGUGCUGGCACCACCACCACCACCGGUAGGCCGAAACGAUGACAAGUUUCCUAUUGAAACCGAACUUUUCCCCGACUCCCAGGACUUCACUUGCACCAAAGACACGCAGUACGUUUCUGGCGGCGACUGGGACUUUGACGGGGAGGAAGACAGUCGCUGUUAUGCCGAAGCUAUUGGCUACGACUUUGACCCUGAACCCAGUCCCGAACCUGGCAGUCCCGAACUUCCCAGUCCGCAAUUCGCUUCGGCCCCCACCCAGGAUUGCGACAGCGAUAUACCUGUACCAAAUAUUACGAAAAAGCACGACUCGUACCGGCUUGACUUUUUCACAUCUCACCGCGAUUCCAUCCGCUGUGUUCCCCCGUCGCCGACCGUCUCGGACCGAAGCUCGGUGCGAAGCAAUACGACAACUAUCGUACAUUCGGAGGUUGCCGGCAGCGAUGGAAGGUCCGAUUCUCUCGGCGCGUAUACCUACUGUGAAACACUUUCCAGCUGGCACCAGCAACUGGGGCAAGAGCCCCCGCGUUCCAAAGCUCUUAGCCUAGGCGGCACCUCAGAGCCGGGCUCCGGUUCGGAUCGACAUCGCAAGUUCCCCAGGCGGAUAUCCUCCCUGUCGCCGGUAUGGUUCUCGUGGCUGGAAGGGCAGGUAGCAGACAAUGAGGACGAGGUAGAAGAGAUACCCCGGCCUGUUUCAACUCCGAUAACGCCUCCUCCCCGCGCAUAUCGGUCGUCCCAAUCCCUGGCCAUCGUUCAGACACGGACUCCGCUACGACGGCACAGCUAUGUUGCGCAGCGCGAGUCGAUGGAGGUCAUGUCAACAACCUUGAGGAAGAACCUCGGUGUCCUAAUGUACAAUUUUAAUCUUCUUUUAAUAAACAGUCACGCACCUGGGGUAGCAGCUCGGAGGCCGGUAAAGUCGAUGUUGUCGAUUCCAGGCUCCAGCUCCAUGAGGUAUCAGCGGCCUCGUACUGCGCCAUCCCCUCAGAAGAUUCUCCCGCCAAUAGUGAGAGAGAAAAAGGAACCAAAGAGGAAGAGCAAGUUCUGGCAUACCUUGCUCUGUACUCGAUGAGAUGAUGUAUUAUCAAAGCGCCGAAGAAGUGUGUUUAAGUCCUGUAAAUAUCAAUAUGUCCAGAUGAUGACAACCCUAUCAUUCGAAUUUGCGAAGCG